GUCAACGCAAUAGUACAGGCGGAUAUGACGUAUGUUCAGCUCUCCUGCAGGCAAAGUGCACGCUUUUCAGUGUUAUGAAAGAGUUCAUUUAUCCUGAAACUACCCGCGAUCUCUCAACAGCAACAGAAUGGCAAAGAGAAAAGAGACACAGCAGAAAACUGACACAAAGAAACCGAAGCAGAUUGCAAAGAACAGACCAGCAUCCAAAACACGAAAAACCAAAGAAAAUAGUAUGGUGGACAAAAACAACCGCAAAAACUCCAGGGUGGCAUCUCGUGUGUCCAGAAAGGUCAGAGAUUCCUCUGAUGAGAGAACAAGCAAGUACUUCCAGGACAGUGAAGUGAAAACCGAAGAGCCAGAGGAAAUGAGUGACCACAGUGAGGAGAUGAGCCCCAUGCUCAGUGAGCUCUCAUCACCAUCAAAACAAGUCAAAGAAGACGAGGAAGAGAGUGAGGAUGAGGAGGACUGGGAGGAAGUGGAAGAAAUGGCAGAACCGCUGGGUCCUGUUGACUCGACUGACCUAGCAGUUGCGUCAAAACCUGUGGAGAUUGAGAUCGAGACUCCAGACAUGGUUCGCAAGAGACAGAGGAAGGAGAAAAGGAAAGCAGAGUUUGAAACUUACCUUCGUCGAAUGAUGAAACGAUUUAACAAGGAACUGCUGGUGGAUACCCACAAGGUCCACCUUCUUUGCUUGUUGGCCGGUGGUUUAUUCCGAAGCAGACUGUGCUGUGAGCCUGACCUGUUGGCUGUUGCUUUGUCAAUACUGCCUGCCCACUUUACCACAGUCGCCACAAAACGCAUAAACAGUGGCUUCCUGGAGGGGCUUCUCAAAUGGUUUCAAAUGACAUUCACAUUAAACUCUGCCUUACCUGAGAAGAAGGGGGUGGAGUUGAGCACGGUGCUGGAAAACCGAAUUGGCUGUUUAUCAGCAAGGGACCAUGAGGAGAUGACCAAUCUGUUCUUAUUGGUGUUGCGGUCAUUGCGACUCUUCUGUCGAUUGGUUCUGUCACUGCAACCCCUUCCUCUGAAGCCACCACCUGCCAGCAAGAACAAGACCACACCUACCAAGAGCUCUCCAGAAAAAGAUCAGUCUGAGAAACCCUCUCCGGAGCCCAAGAUAUCUCCUGGAACCAAACGCCCAUCAUCAGCCCAUAAUGCUGCAGUAAAAGAGCAAAGAGGUGGAAAGAGAAAGAAAAAGAAAGAGGAAGGAGGAGAGAAAGAGGCAGCAGGGGGACAGAAACCCAAAAACAGCAGCAGAAGAAGUGUAGCUUCAAAAGUGUCAUACAAAGAAGUCAGUAGCGAGGAGGAGGAGGAGCAGAGUGAGGAAGAGUUUCAACCAACCAAUGAGGACGACAGUGAAGACUCUGACGGGGCCAUGAAAGUAUGCAGAAAGUCGAAGGUGAAAGGAAAAGGUCAGGCUCCUCGGAGGUCUAGCGAGGUCAAACAGGAGGAGGAGAGCGAAGAGGAAGAAGAGGAGGAAGAGAAGCAGGUGAAGAAACAACGACGUAAAAGAAAGGAGGGGAAAGGGGCGGAUGAGUGGUUGGAGGUUUAUUUGGAAAGUACGGGGAAGUGGGUGUGUGUUGAUGUGGAUCAAGGUGUUGGCCAGCCGCAGCUCUGCUCCAAUCAGGCGACUCAACCGAUCACGUACGUGGUGGCUGUUGAUGACGAAGGGUACCUGAAAGAUCUUAGCAGCAGGUAUGACCCCACGUGGCUGACAUCAUCACGCCGAAGACGGGUCGAUUCAGAAUGGUGGGAGGAGACUAUGGAGCUCUACAAGUCUCCAGAUACUGAAAGAGGACAGAAGGAGAAUCAGGAGAUGCAGGCAAAGUUAUUGGACAAGCCUUUGCCGACAUCCAUCUCAGAAUACAAGAACCAUCCACUGUAUGCACUAAAGAGGCACCUGCUAAAAUACGAGGCCAUCUACCCCUCUACUGCCGCUGUCCUGGGUUACUGCAGAGGAGAGCCAGUCUAUUCACGAGACUGUGUGCACACGCUCCAUUCUAGAGAUACCUGGCUGAAGGAAGCAAGAACCGUUCGACUGGGAGAGGAGCCGUACAAGAUGGUGCUUGGUUUUUCCAACCGUUCUCGUAAAGCCAGGAUGAUUUCCGAGCAGAAAGAUGUCAAAGAUCUGCCUCUUUUUGGAGUCUGGCAAACUGAAGAGUACCAGCCUCCGAUCUCCAUUGAUGGCAAAGUACCACGUAAUGAGUUCGGGAACGUGUACAUGUUUAAGUCAUGCAUGUUACCAGUAGGAUGUGUUCACCUGCAUUUGCCUAAUCUGCACAGAGUGGCUCGAAAACUGAACAUAGACUGUGCUGUAGCAGUGACGGGUUUUGAUUACCAUUGUGGAUUUGCACAUGCAGUUAACGAUGGCUAUAUUGUCUGUGAAGAACACCAAGAAAUCCUGAAAGCAGCCUGGGAAAACGAGCAAGAUAUCCAGCAAAAGAAAGAACAAGAGAAACGUGAGAAGCGUGUGGUGGCUAACUGGACACUACUGGUCAAAGGCCUGUUGAUAAAAGAGAGGCUGAAGCGUCGCUAUGGGCAGCAGGGGCUGGCAUCAGGGGCGGGGCUUAAGCAAGAAAAAGAAGGUGGGGCUGAAGGACUGUCCUCAGAUGAGGAAGAAGAGGGCGGGGCUCAGACAGCUCCACCCUCUCUGACUAGUUCAUGGCCGCAGAACAGGCAAGAGGAGCAAGAGGAAAAGAUCAUAAGGCGUGUAACUAAACGAGAGAAACGUGGAGAGGAGAAAAAUCUCUUCCCUUUUGAAAAAGUUUGACUAAAUCGGCCCUUUAUUAUUUCACAUACCUUAUCCUCCUUUUAAAUGCUUUUCUACAUUAAUAAGCAUGUAUUGUCUGUGUAUCUGUUAGAUCUACAUCACUACCCCCAACCUUUUAUAACUGCAAUAGCUGCAUAUGCAGGGAAUUUUGAAAAUGUCAAGCAUUUGUUUCAUUAUCUUUCCGGACUGUACAUUUGUCUUUGUAUCAAAAUACAUAUUUUUAUAGAACAUGCUAUU